UUAACUUCAACUGUUCCUCUCUCUCUUUCUCUCUCUCUCUCUCUCUCCAACCCUCCAACCAACAUGAGGAUGAUCGACCUGGGCAACCAACGUGUCCCACUCCACAUCAUCGACACGGCGACUUCCGUCGACUGCAGCAAGGACGUCAGAUUCCGGCGUUCGUUCCGUUCGUUAGUCGAGUGCAUGGUCCCAUGCUGUGGCUUCCAACCCUCCACAGAAUCACCCUCAGGCGACACCGAGUCGACUCAUGGCUCGACCGUGACCGGCACCUUCUUCGGCUACCGCAAGGGCCGAGUCAGCUUCUGCCUCCAGGACGAUUCCAGAGCCUCCCCUCUCCUCCUCCUCGAAUUCGCCGUUCCUACCGCCUACCUCGCUCGAGAAAUGCAGUACGGCCUCCUACGUAUCGCCCUCGAGUGCGCCCGCCCCACCUCAUCUCCCUGCUCGCUCUUCGCUGUUCCUGUCUGGUCCAUGUACUGCAACGGCCGUAAGGUUGGGUUCGCCGUUCGUCGACAGAUGACGAAGAGCGACGUGGCAGUCUUCAAGCUCAUGCAGUCGGUGUCAGUUGGUGCCGGCGUCCUUCCAAGCGAGUCCAAGUCAGAGGAUGGGGAGCUCAUGUACCUACGUGCCAAUUUCGAGCGAGUCACUGGGUCACCUGACUCAGAGUCGUUUCACAUGAUUAACCCAGUUGGGAGUUCUGGUCAGGAGCUGAGUAUAUUCCUGUUGAGAGCAUGACUAUACACCGGAGUUUAAGUGUAUAUCAGUGAGAGUUGGAUGUGAUGAAUACCACAGAAAGGAGAUGGUGCCGCAAUAUCUGGCUUUCUACUUAUUACAAAAAUACCCUUGUAUCAUAUUCUUUAUUAAAAAAAAAAAAAAAAAAACCUUAAUUUUAAUGAGUCUUUAUCUUUUUCUCUUCU